AAUAGGACCGAUCUGGAUACGUACUCAAAUGCAGCUGCUAGAUGAUUUAUUGUCAAACAGCAUAGCUGAGAAUAAUAUAUAUGAAGCGGCGAAAACUCGAGUCAGAGUUUUUGGCUACUGGGGAAGGACGUUGAAGAUAUGGUUUCAAAAGAAUCGGGAAACGGAAGCCUAUAGAGAUCUCAUCGAGCCAGCUCAGCCUGACCAGGAAAAGGUAGCGUACAGUCUCCUUGAGCGACGAUUGAUUGCAGAACGCAACAUGCAGCAGACCGUGAUGAAUAACAUAAAAUUCGAACACAUAGGAAUCAUGAAUGUUAUCCAUCUGAUACGCGCCCGUCAACCUAAUUGCAUGGACGCUCGCGUCGGAACUUUGCAAAAUCAUCAUGACGAUAACAUUGCCUUAAUAACAACAUAUUCUAACAGCGUUACAGAGAAUGAAACUGCUGAAAACACAACUGACAAAAUCAUUCGCAGUUUGAUUGUUGGUAGCGAGAUAGAUUUGAAACAUACUAUCGAUCAAGAGGAUCGGAACUCUCAAUCCGAGUUGAUCAAUUUUGCCCUGAAGUUCUGUGUCCAGUUUGGAUACGAUAAGCCAUUGGAGUAUCUCGUAGGUCGGCAUCCGCUCCAAUUCUCGAUAUUGAAUGAACUACUUUCGCUCUCUGCAAGCUACUCGCACUGGUCAGUGACCAAAAUGCUAGUAAAACUUGGAGCUAAUCCAUGGGCAGAUGAUUUGCGAGCUUUAACCCUUAUAAUGGCAAAACGAAACUUCAAAAUCGUAAGACAACUUUUGAAAAACGGAAUUCCAGAAGAUAUGACACACCCAGUUCUGUGCCAUGUUAUUUCGUACGGGUCAAAGAAGUUGCUCGAAUUCACAAUGAAAAAUAUUAAAUUCGAUUUCUGGAAGUGUACAGGUGCUAUGGAAGCUGCUAUGAGAAAUCCUCACAAUGGCGUAUUUAAACUUGUGCAAAGGAUUUUAUUUCCGACUCCAAAAUCAGGGCACGAAUCUACCGAUAAAUGGGUAAAACUUUUCUACGAAUUAAGGAUUCUUAUGUUUCUUAACUGUGAAGAUGACUUUUUCGCCUACGCGCUUGCCAAACAUCCUGGUAUAGCUGAGAGUAUACUUGAAAAGCUGCGAACUUUCCUUCGAAUAGAGAAUUUCCAAGGUAUCAGAUUGAAUUUCAAUUCCGGAAUGAACAUCGAUUGUUCCUCAUUGUCGAAAAACUUGAACAACGGGCAAAUAAAAGAAGUGAUUGAGCAUUGCUCGGGGUUUAUGGAAAAACUAUCAAAUCUUGAGCCAAGCUCGCUGGCGUCGUUUAGUCAGUUUAGCAAUAGAUUCUCUGCCAUGAGAAUGAGCUACAUCAUGGAAGUAGAGGUCAAGCUGUAUCAUGACGAAGAAGUUGAUCAAAUCCCAUUCAUUUUUAUUGAUGUUGGGCUAGAACUGAUGUCUGAGAUUGAAGUUGCUUUAAAAAUAUAUUUCCAGAAAAUCAAAAACCUCAAAAUGGCUUUUGCGCGCGUUACAGUUUACCUUGACAAGAAAUCGAACGUCUUCAAACAGUACGAGUUCAUCUUCAUGGAUUCUUCUUAUUGUUUGGUUGAAUCAACAACAGAAUUGUAUCUGAGUUUGGGGUUCCUGCUGAAUUUAAAAGGGAAAAAUAUCAUUUAUGAUGCUCUGAAGUCCAAAGUGAAUCUGAUGCUCGUCAAAAAAUUGCUGUAUUUUGGAGCCAACCCCCUUAUGGUUAAUCAGGAUGGUCGAACUGCUUUCCAUGCCCCCCUCAACCGAAAUCCAUCGGAGAAGCUUUACCAAGUUCUUCACCAACACUGUGUCCAAAACAACCAAAUUUAUCACGCGAAUGGAGCUCACAUCUUCAAUCUGCUAGAUAAUGGUGGCUGCACUCCUUUAGGUGCAGCUGUCAUCGACAAUGACUACACCGUCGUCAGCUUCAUGCUCCGAAAUGGUGCCUAUCCAGAGAUUCCAAAUGACGAUACUCUUCCUCAGGAGCAACGCCCUCUACCAUGUGCCAUUAUCAGCCGAAACCAUAGGAUGGCAAAACUACUCAUAAGCCACUGUCCAAAUUUAGUUAACUUACCGGCCGAUCAAGAGGGAAACAGUAACCUGAAUAUGGCAGUCAAGGAGAAUGCCGACCGAAUAGUUCGGAUACUUUUGGAGGCUGGUUCAACUGUGAACCACGAACAUGUUCUGGCCGCUAUCAAAAAUGAAUCGGUGGAAUCCCUACAAGUUUUGAUGGAUUUUGCGAUAUCCAAAGGCUUGAACGUGCUGGAGAAUGAUUUCCAAAAAUCUGCCCUACAGGAAGCUUACGAGAGCGGGAACCAAGAAAUUGUGAAUAUGAUAGCGCUGCAUUGGCUUGUUUUAGGAGCUAGGCGAGUAUGCUGGAUAAAAAAUGUAUUGGAGGAUGAUGGUACUGUAUGGAUGACCGAUUCAAAAAUACGUUAAAUUUGCAGAAUCCAAAUAGAAUUCUUUAAGAUAUCUAAAAAGACGAUAGCAUUGUACGAGACAACAUCUCAGUUGUGUAAAAACUCUUAUUCAUCAAUUUCUUAAUGCCGCCUACAAAGUGUUGUUCCAAAUCCUACUCCACCGCUUAACGCCACGAGCAAACAGAUUCGUGGGAAGUCAUCAGGGCAGCAUCAUGGAGGAACGGUGUACGACGAACCAGAUCUUCACAUAACGACAAAUCCUCCAAAAAUGCUGUUAACACCAAGUCCCUACACACCAUCUAUUCAUCGACUAAAGCCGCAUACGACACGAUCGACCUAGACGAGCUAUGGAAAAUGGAAAAAAGCU